UACUGUUCUGGAAUCUAAAAAGGGAAAACACUAAAUUGCAAAUUGCACACUUGAGUAAUAUUUGCGCUUUUCAUAAUAUUUGAAACAGAGUAUGUAGUUUAAUAAAAUACUUUGUUAUAUUCUCGCCGUCAGUAAAGUAGUGCGUCUUUGUGAGGGAAUUUUUAAAAUAAAAUUUAAUCGUUAUUAUUACCAGAAGCUUUUAAUAAAAUUUUAUAUAUUUUGUGAUUAAUUUAAUUAAAAAGCGAAACAAUCAUGGCGAGCACUUCAAAAAAGCAUAGAGAUUUCGUCUCCGAUCCUAUGGGUGAUAAACCUGUCACAGAUCUGGCGGGAAUAGGAACGAAUUUGGGUGCUCGUUUAAAUGAAGCUGGCUUCAAUAAAGCAAAUGCUGUUCUCGGUCAAUAUUUAGUGUUACAGAGAAACGAAUAUCGUUUUACGGAAUGGAUUCAAACUACCUGUAAUGCCAAUUCUAAACAAGCUAAGGAUUGCUUCAACUGCCUCAAUGAAUGGUGUGAUCAGUUCUUGUAAUUAACAUCUGUUUAAAUGUUACAAUUUACAAACUAAUGUGUAUUGAAAAUAUUGUAAGUUAUACAUAAAUAUGUAGGAUUUUAUCAAUAAAGCAACAAUACAGCAAUAAUUUAAUUAUAC